GGACCAACAUCACAUAGAAGCAGUCAGAUUCGAAUCCGCCAGCAACGCCGCAAGCAACUAGUCAAUUUUUCUGCCGCUUCGCCAUGCUCGUUCCGUGCCUGCUGACCACCCUAGCAGGCUUGCUACUUGCUACUCAAGAAGCCUUGGCCACCUGUAGCAACUGGUCCACGCGCUACCAAACCAACCUUGAAGGCGUCUGUGUCUGCAAUGCUACGCAGUGUGAUACGGUCUCCAACAAUUACACCAGCCUCACAACGGACCAAGUGGGAGUUUACACCACGUCCAAGGCUGGCGACCGCUUCGCCUACAAGGUGGCCAAUGUCGACUCAACGACUGUGAGCAGCCCCACCUACUCCAUCGACGUGUCCACGCAGUACCAGACGAUGAUCGGAUUCGGGGGCGCUUUCACGGACGCGGCGGCCAUCAACGUCUACAAGUUGUCAUCAAAGUUGCAGCAGAUGGUGCUAGAUCAGUACUUCUCCGAUACUGGUCUUCAGUACACUUUAGGGCGCGUCCCGAUCGGCUCGACGGAUUUUUCCACUGGCGUUUACUCAUACAACGACGUAGUGGAUGACUUCGAGAUGAAGCAUUUCUCCAUCAACGUGGACAAGUCUUCAGCGUCUCACAAGAUUGAGCUCAUCCAGCGUGCGCUCAACACGACGUCACGAGACAUCAAACUGUUCGCAUCUUCGUGGGCUCCUCCGACGUGGAUGACCACCGAGAACACGACGCUCAAUUGUCACGUGAAGGGUAAGCCAGGUGAAAAAUACUGGAAGGCGCUGGCACUGUACUAUUCCAAGUUUUUGGACGCGUACUCGGAGGAAGGCAUCAAUUUCUGGGCUAUGACGGUGCAGAACGAGCCGUCCAAGUCGAUUUUACAGACGUCAGCGUGGCAGUCUCUACGUUUGACGGCUGCCGAAGAACGUGAUUUCAUCAAGCUGGACUUGGGGCCGAGAAUGGCACAGGACCACCCUGACCUCAAGAUCAUCGCUGGCUAUGACCAAAAGUCUACCAUACUGGACCGCUUAGCACCGUUCGAGGAUGUUGAUGCUUUAAAGUACAUCAGUGGCCUCGGAUUCCACUGGUACCGUGAUCUCGACUUCUUCUUCUUCAGCUUAGGCGGUGACUUUGACAAGCUGCUGACCUUCAACCAAAAGUAUCCAGACGUUUUCAUGCUCGCAACUGAAGCUUGUGAAGGUUAUUUGCCAAGCUGGUUGGGCACGGGAUCCGGUGUUUCUCUCACUGACUCUGAUAAGAGCUGGUCGCGCGCUGAAAACUACGCGCAUGACAUUAUCGAAGACCUGAACAACAACGUCGCUGGCUGGGUCGACUGGAACCUCGUACUCGAUACGACGGGGGGUCCGACCUGGGUGCAGAACAACGUGGACGCACUGAUCCUGGUGGAUGAAGUGAACGGCGUCGAGUUCUACAAGCAGCCCAUGUUCUACAUCAUGGGCCACUUCUCCAAGUUUAUCCCGGCCGGCUCCAAGCGCAUCGAGUUCCCCAAGACGAAAACUUUGAGCAGCUUCCAUCGCUGUGCGUUCGUAACCCCAGACAACCGGGUGGUGAUCCAGUUCAUGAACCGUGACAGCUCAGCUGUAACGGUGAGCGUGAAGCAGACGGACUCGAAGACGUUCACAUUGUCACUGCCUGCGCAUUCCAUGCAGACAGUGAUCUUGCCGCCAUCAGAUGCAACCAAGAUUUUGUAGGAAGGAGGCUAAAAUCGCGAAGCACCGUUAAAAUCUAAAAACAAUUUGACCAAACUUGAUCGAUGCUCCUUGAAAACCA